UGAGUGAGAACCAUCUAUAUUGGGCCUUGCGUCAAAUUGUUAUCGACCCCUUAGCCCGUGAAAUGAAAAAGCGUACUACAAAAAUAUCUUGCUUGAUAUUUUUUAGUUGCACUAUUUCUCAUUUACGAAAACUGACAAGCUCCAAAAUUGAAAACAUUGGAGAGAGAUGAAGGAAAUUCAAAAUCCCAGGAAAAACUUCGCGCGCUCAUCCGAUCUCGGAGCUAAGAGACUCAAGGAUCCUGAGAUGAAGAAUCGCAAGGUUGCGGAGAAGAGACAGAGCGCAGUCUUUUCCGACGUAUCAUUUGAAAGCACGAAGGAUCCAAUCGAUUUUACUCCGAUCUCUCAGUUUUCUAGCGCGAUCUCUGAUUCCGAGGCUGAGAGUGUUAUUAUGCAAGGAUCGAGCCUAGAGUUAUUGUCAACGCCAGAGAUUCAUCUUCCCACUGAUGAUUCUGCAGUUUCAACCAUUACUAGUGUGGAGGCUCGUACUGAUACUUCUUCUACUGAUCGGAUCCAGUCGAUUGUGGACUUGCCUGCUUCUGUGCAGUCCUUGCGUGCAGAGAUCAAUGAGCUUAAGAAAUUGAUCUGUUCAGUUGACACUUCUGAAGAAAUUAGCUGGGUCGAUGGAAUUGUUACUGUGAAAUUCCGCAUUGUGCUUUUGAGUUUCAUCCUUUGGGCUAUCUUAGCUGCAUUUGUGGUCUGCUUCAGCUCAGGGGAGAAAGUUGAUUACAAUGGACCACUUCCAACAUGAUUCUGCAAGGAUUUCUGGCUGAUAUAACUGUGGAACCUGGGACCUUAAACUCAAAUACUUCUUCAGAAGCAGAGCAUGUAAAAGUUGGAAAAGAUCAUAUGAAAAGAAAAAAAAACAGUCCGUACACAGGUUAGUAUAUCAUGUUUGCCUCAGAACAGCUUUUAGUUGAUAUUAAAUUUACCAAAAGACAAAUAAUCAUUUGAUAUUAGCAAUUCAAAAUAGACCGUUGAAAAAACAAUGAUUGAGCAUCAUCCGUUAUCUCA